AUGUCGGCUGAAGUUGAGGUCAAUCCUUUUCGACCAGGUGGUGAACUGUCCAAAGAAGCUGAAGAUAUAUUGAAAAAUUCUACUAUUCUUCGGGAUACGGUAAAUAUUCGAGAAGUGAUUAUCAAUGAUCCGUCUCUACGGCGCCCUAAUGGCACAGCGGUCAGUCCCACCGUAACAGACCACAACGGUUCCCCCAUCAAACCGAUCACCUGUGAGGUCACUGCAUCCUGUGUUCCUCCGGUUGAGGCUUCUGCUCCGUAUCAAGAGCCGAAAGUCGAGCAUGUAAACAUUAAACCGGGACGACGGCCAGCCAAAUGCUGUGUACUGGUCUGA